ACAGCAGCAGGCAGGCACCGCCACAGAGUUUAGCCCCGCUGCUUUUGCAGAGUCUCCCGCCGGCUGCUAAUGCAGCAGUGCACUUAAUCCAAGUGCCGCUAAUCCUCCUCACCGGUUGGGAGAGCCUACAGCAGCAGAUUCUGUACGAGCAGUUGUGCUUUGGCCGAAAGAUUUAUCGUUUUGUGUAUGUAUGUGUGUGUGCGUGCUUUCGGUGUCGCAGAAGUGAUCCGGUAACUGAGUGAGAAGUCCUCUGCAAUAGAACAUCUUUUUAUUUUACUAAAUUUUGCUUGCAUUUACUCGUUUUGGAAGGAGCUGUUUUGUUUUUCUUGCUAUCUCUGUUUUGUUUCUUCCCCACCCCUCCUUUUAUUUCCCGUUUUGUUUCUGUAAAGCUGUGUGGCAUCACUAAACUACAUAAUGCUGCACUGCAACCCGUUCGCCUUCCUCCAGCUCAGCGAGGCAGUGGGAGCAUGGAUACUGCAGUUGUGACGACCUCUCCUGCUUCUUUUAGUCCACUGCGGAUCGGCAUGCCGACUAAUCCUGCUGUCAAUGGGCGAGGACAUUGAUACACGCAAAAUCAACAGCAGCUUCCUCCGUGACCAUAACUAUGUGACAGAAGCUGAUAUAAUUUCUACCGUAGAGUUCAAUCACACAGGAGAACUGCUGGCUACUGGGGACAAGGGGGGUCGAGUUGUUAUAUUUCAGAGAGAGCAAGAGACAAAAAACCAGCCUCACCGUCAAGGUGAGUACAAUGUUUACAGCACCUUCCAGAGUCAUGAGCCUGAGUUUGAUUACUUAAAAAGCCUGGAAAUUGAAGAAAAGAUUAACAAGAUCCGGUGGCUGCCUCAACAGAAUGCAGCCCACUUCCUCCUCUCUACCAAUGAUAAAACAAUUAAAUUAUGGAAAGUCAGUGAAAGGGAUAAGAGGCCAGAAGGUUAUAACCUCAAAGAUGAAGAAGGUAGAAUGAAGGAUCUGUCCACAGUUACAGUGCUGCAGGUGCCAGUGCUGAAACCCAUGGAUUUGAUGGUGGAGGUGACUCCACGGAAGAUCUUUGCCAAUGCUCACACCUACCAUAUCAACUCCAUUUCUGUCAACAGUGACUGUGAGACAUAUAUGUCAGCCGACGACCUCAGGAUUAACCUCUGGCAUUUAGGAAUAACAGACAGGAGUUUCAAUAUUGUAGAUAUUAAACCUGUAGAUAUGGAAGAAUUAACGGAAGUGAUCACAGCUGCUGAAUUCCACCCCCACCAUUGUAACCUGCUGGUUUACAGCAGCAGCAAAGGAACGUUGCGACUCUGCGACAUGAGGGCAGCAGCACUAUGCGACAAGCAUGCCAAAUUGUUUGAAGAGCCAGAGGAUCCCAGUAACAGAUUCUUCUUCUCUGAGAUAACCUCUUCAGUGUCUGAUGUGAAGUUCAGUCACAGUGGCCGGUACAUGAUGACACGAGAUUACCUCACAGUCAAAGUCUGGGAUCUGAACAUGGAAACGAAGCCUAUAGAAAUAUAUCAGAUUCACGAUUACCUCCGGAGUAAGCUGUGCUCUCUUUACGAGAAUGACUGCAUCUUUGACAAAUUUGAAUGUGCAUGGAAUGGUUCAGACAGUGUUAUUAUGACUGGGGCCUACAAUAAUUUCUUCAGGAUGUUUGACCGCAACACAAAAAGAGAUGUCACACUGGAAGCUUCCCGGGAGAACAGUAAGCCACGAGCUGUGCUGAAACCGCGUAAAGUCUGCACAGGAGGCAAGAGGCGAAAGGAUGAAAUUAGUGUUGACAGUUUAGACUUUAACAAGAAGAUCCUGCACAUGGCUUGGCAUCCAACAGAGAACAUAAUAGCUGUAGCAGCGACAAACAAUCUCUACAUAUUUCAGGAUAAAGCGAACUCCGAGAUGCACUAGAUUUAUAAAUACCUUGGUGUAAUUAUAAACCGGCCUUUUUUUUCUGACCUUUCUGCCAAUGAUCUUCACAAGGUUGUAUUCAUCUUAGUGGAAUUGUGACGUGUGGUUUCUCAUUAGUGCAUAUCACUUGUCAGUAAGAAUUGUUUAUUGUCAGUCACCAGGGGUGAGCUCAGCACUGCAGAAUGGAAACACAGAAGGGCACGUGUGGCAACCGUCUGCACAGUUUCACCUCUUCUCCAGUCAGUCACUUUUUUAAAAUGUUUCAGGCAUCAUAGAACUUUUACUGCUGACUUGAAACUUUUCACCGAAGAUCUCUGAAUUUGUACACAAAGACUCAAAUAGAACAGUUAACUUGAGAUCUGACUACCUAUCCAUUCCUGACUCACUUCCCAUCUUUAUGGUGGAUUCAGUUGGCCUUGCAUCAGUAAAUAGCUUCAACAGGCACCUGAAAGGUAAAAAGCUACCGUCUUUGUUUGCUGUGUCAGCCUGUCCAAACUGCAUUUUAAUGUACUGCUGAUCAAAUGUAUGCAAUGCUUCUUUCGAAUUGGAUCACCUUGUUAUUAGACAACUCCAGUGGGUUCGGCUGUUCUUCUGUUGCCCACUGCGUUGGCCUGAGGGAAAAGACCCACUUUCUUUUUAUGAUUGCUAAAAAUUGUUAGAAGUGAAAUGAGUUAGUGAUUACACAAAGUAAGUGGCAAAAAUACUUAGAAGUGCAAUCAGAUUAGAUGCAAUUGAUAGUAACUUGGGGGUUUGACAUAAGUGCAGCUAACAGUUGUCGCAGUGCAGAGUAGAGAACUCUUCUGAAAUUAGAAUGAAAGUGCAUAUUCUGUAUAAUGUUGUAAGAGCUUACCACUGAGUCUGAGCAAUUUUACACCUCACCUGAAACCUUUUGACAUGGUCACUCGCUGCAAAGUGGGGAAGAUGGUUCAUAGCCCAGCACUGCCACUGUAAACAAAAUGAAAGGUUAUGCAACUUUUUUUUCAAAGAAUAUCUUCCAAAUUUAAAAAAAAAGCCUCUCAUUAGAAAUUCUUCAACAUAAAAUGGAAUGUCCUCCCCAGUUUCAUAUCAGCGUGCCAAAUAGAGCCAUAGAACUGAAAAUUGCACAAAUUAAGGAAAAGAUGGAUUACUUUAUAACCAUUUAUGACGAUGCAUUGUUUAUGGCCUAUUGCAAAAUUUGAGCUAGCCUUUAAAAAAUUACUUGGAAUGUAUAGCAUAAUGUUUACAGACUGUAAAAAUAUAUCACAUCAUUAAUUAGAACAUUGCUAAUAAAAUCAUUGAUUCGUGAGGUUGAAGACAACAGGAAGGUAAUGUUGCACAGGUUUGUUUUUCUGGUAUUUAAAAUAAAAAAAAAUCAGAAGACACACUGUUUAUGGAGUACUUGUCAUGUAUGUUGAUAAUUGUUAGUUUCUUGUGUUCUCGAAGGUUAAAGGUUUCUUGGAAAUACUUAAUAAGGUGUCAAAAAGAUUUGCUGAGAUAGUUUUUACAACCUGACACUUUUUACUUGUUACUCUAAUCAUUUUUGAACUUGUGAAUGCCCUGAGACCAGUUUAUAUGGCCCAUUUUUUUUUGCUGGAUUUCCCAAUAACCCAAAUUUUGUGUCUAAGAACAGGGUUGGGAAUCGUUUAAACCCGUCUUUGACCAAUGUUGUGAUCAUUCAUUGAAUUUAGAGAGAUUCUGCUCAAAUUUGUAAAAGAAGAUCUGUUCAUCUGGAAAACUAGCUUUCAUUCAUUAAGAGCAGUACAGUUUUAGUAUGUUAAAUGGCGUUGGGAAAUGCAAUGAAUUUUGAAAGUUCAGAAUGGUUGAAUAUCUUUAGAGUUGCUUUACUCAAAUUCAGUGAUCAGCUUCAUUUAAAAGCUACACCCUAACACAGUUCACUUACUGAUGAAAAGACUUGAAGAAUAUGAAUUAAAGGAAAAUGUGAAGUAAGUUAAAUGUACUAGUGUCAAAAUGUAAACCUGCAGACGAUGCUAAUGUGUACAAGCUAUCUUGAACUGUAGCUAUUUUAAGGACAAACUUUGAAAUUUGCUGGGAAAGGGAUGCCUAAGAGACCCGUUCCUUAUUUAUACCUGACCAAUGAUUUUUACUUUGAUGUAAAGUUGGUGAAAAUGUUUGUCAAAGAGAGAAAGGUUAACAGGUUUUUAAAUAAAAUCCAAUAUCAGCCUUUG